CUCGAUCCAAAACUACCACAAGAUACAAUGAGGUGCUUCGCGAUUGUGCUGUUGGCAACCGCUGUGUUGGCCGCUGAAAAUAAGGAAGAGCCGAAGAAACAUGACAAACGGAGUCUAUUGACAGGUGAUCUCGGCUACGGUCUAGGCGGUAUCUCAACCUACGGUCUAGGCGGCGGCUAUGGUCUAGGCGGCUAUGGUCUAAGCGGCUAUGGUCUAGGCGGCUAUGGUCUAGGCGGCUAUGGUCUAGGCUACAGCGGUUACGGCGGUUAUGGCGGUUACGGCGGUUACGGUUACGGCCUGGGUGCAUACCCGGCUAAAUACGGCACGAAGAUAAUCGGGUCUGGACUCUCAGGAAUCACCGUGGGUAACAGCCUGGCUUCCGCCUACGGUUCCGGGCUGGGAUACGGUUACGGAGGUGCUUACGGAGGUUACGGAGGUUACGGAGGUGCUUACGGAGGUUACUACGGCAGCCCCGUCAUCGAUGGUGCUCAUCAUACCGCCGCAUACGGCAUCGGUGGCAUUGCUAUUCCCAGCGUUGCGCACGCCAAAACCGAGCGCAUCACCGGCCUCACUGUGCACCGCGAGGUCCAAGUGCCGGUGCCGGUGCCGCAGCCAGUCCCCGUCGAAGUGACCAAACACGUGCCCGUCCCACAUCCCGUACCCGUCAAAGUCGAUCGUCCCUAUCCCGUCCCAGUGGCGCAACCAGUACCCAUCCCAGUCACUCGCCACGUGCCCGUAAAGGUCGACCGUCCCUAUCCGGUACCGGUACCACAGCCCGUCGAAGUACGCGUGCCACAGCCCGUGCCAGUUCCAGUAGCGCACCCGGUAGCCGUUCCAUUCUCUGUCACGAAACAUGUUCCGGUCUCCGUGCCACAAGUUAGCGUCAUCCCAUCGACCGUCGGCGUUAUACCGUCGACCCUCGGUGUACCGUCGACCAUCGGUGUACCGUCAACCAUCGGUAUACCGUCGACCCUCGGUGUAUCGUCGGCCGUCAUACCGUCAACCGUUGGCAUCGCGUCUGGAAUCGCAGCCGGACACGAAUACGUCGGAGCCGGCAGUGUGGGAGUCCCAAUCUCGGGUGCGACUCUAGUAUCUGGCACUGGACUGGCCACCGGACUGGGCACCGGUUUUAGCACCGGCCACUUGGUGGACGGCGGCGUCAUCUCAAGCGGUGUGGAACACCUUGGCAGCGGCAUCGAACAUGUUGGAUUCAGCGGCGUGGCCCCGGCUCUGGGAGCCACCGGCCCGAUCAUAGCGAACCACGACGCUCUCGAUGGCGGAUACAUACAUUCGGCACCGUUCAAGAAGUGGUAAACUCUCAAGCUAACAACUCGAUUGGACGUGUGUCUUUUAAGGCGCUUCUCGAACCUCAUUCACGGAUCGAACGUGCAAAAUACUAAUUGUGUUAUGUACGUUGUCGAAUAAAUUUCUAUUUUUCUACCGUACUCACAGAGUCGUUAUUUAGCUGUAUUAUGUUAAUUACAGUUAUGCGAUUGUACCACGGCUCUCUAUCACUUGAGAUAAUUAUUCAGAUCCCUAAUAUUCUCUAAUGUGUUACAUCUUUUUGUUAAAUAAUUAUGUUAAUAAUUGAUGUUAAUAAUAAUUACCAGAGAUCUGAACAGUUAUCUUCCUUCUACUACAAAUUUUUUGAUCAAUAUGUUCUCAACAUCAGUGUUUCGAUACACGAUUGUUUUAUAGUAUUUUCUAAAACAAAACCCGACAUUUCUCUCUAGUCCCAUAAUUUAGAUGUGCCCUUUGUAAAUCUUAUCGAAUAAAAUUAAAAAAGUUAAAAAAGAGUACUUCAUUAAUCUCCUACCUAUAUAAUAAAAAAAAAGAAUUACCGUACCAAUUAAUCUAAGAAUAGAAGUGUGUAAAAAUGUGAAAUGCGAAACCGAGGUCUG